ACACGAGAGGUUGGCAACGAAAGGCUUAACCCACAAAGAUUCGGUUGUCACAUAAGUUGUAGAGAUUCUCCACUCUCUGUCCUUCUAUAAAUUACACUGCCAUUGAAGUUUCAUCACAAAACAUAGCAAGAACUCAAAUCACUACAUAACUCAAACAAACCCCUUCAAGCCUUCUUCAAAAUCUCAAUCAUGUCUAGCAACUGCGGAAGCUGCGACUGUGCUGACAAGACCCAGUGCGUGAAGAAGGGUUCCAGCUACACCUUCGACAUCGUCGAGACUCAGGAGAGCUACAAGGAGGCCAUGAUCAUGGACGUUGGUGCAGAGGAGAACGACGCAAAUUGCAAGUGCAAGUGCGGAUCCACCUGCAGCUGCACCAACUGCACUUGCUGCCCCAAUUAAAUAAAGUUUCAUCUUUAUCAAAAUGUAAUAUGAAUAAAAUAUGAUGUGAGUUCAUAUACUGAGCUCAUAUCUCUCUCUCUUAUGACUCUUGUAUGGUGUGAAUUUGAUGUAAUGUAAUGGGUUAUUGCCCCCUUAUCCACCAAUAUAUCAUAUUUCUAUUGGUAA